GCCGUAGCCCCGGCGGAGGCCCUUCCGGGAGGGCUGUGAUGGCGCUUAGCGGAGCUGGGAGUCGGCUGCGGCCCUUGGCCUGGCUGCGGAGGGCGGCGGCUCCAAGCGGCGUCCGUGCUGCUUCAGACAUACCCAAACACAUGCUUCCUGGGCCUUACCCCAAGACUCCAGAGGAAUGGGCAGCUGCUGCAAAAAAGUACAACAUGACAGUGGAGGACUACAAGCCGUAUCCAGACAAUGGCAGUGGUUAUGGUGACUACCCUCAACUCCCUGACCGAUCCCAACAAGAAAGAGAUCCUUGGUAUGAUUGGGACCAUUCUGAUCUGAGGCGUAACCAUGGAGAGACAAUGCACUGGGAUUUUGAUAUGUUCAUCCGGACACGCGUUGAUACCUCACCCACAGUUCUGUCCUGGCACAAGAUGCGCAGAUAUCUCUGGGGCUCUAUCGGCUUUAUGUUUUUCAUGUUUUGUCUUGGUGAGAUAUAUCCAUCCUACCAGCCUGUGGGGCCAAAGCAAUAUCCCUACAACAACCUGUAUCUGGAGCAAGGAGGGGAUCCCACAGAGUCCCCACCAGAAGUGAAGAACUAUGAGAUCUAAGAGAGUCUGGAACGCUCCUGUUUAUCCUCUCUAAUCAGAGUUAUCUGUGGAGCUAACUAUACUGCCCCAAACUCUUGCUGUUCUAAAGAUCCUGAUGGGAUGGUGGAGAGACAACUAUGAAAGGCUCUAUUUUGAUAUCUUGAUUGUAUGAGUAUGCUGUACAGUUGGUUGUGUACAAUUAUCAUAUUCCUUCAAAAUCGACAGAAAGGAGAGUUUUAUUUAUAUGUAGCCUUGUUUCCUGCUGAUCAUAUGAGAUCAUUCGAUGAAAUACAAUGGGUACAGAACAACCCUGAAUGUUGUAAGGAAAAGGCAAAUAAACACAAAUAUUCAGACAAA